AAAGAGGAAGAAGCAGCAAAUACAAGUCAUAGCGCUUUGACUGUGUUUCACGUCAGGGACCAUGAGACUACAGACCCUUUUUAUUAUUUUCUUUCAAGUACAAGGUGUAAAAACAGCUGCAGUACCUAAAUCAUUUCGGGAAGUCUCUGGAUACCUUGGAGAAAACAUCACAUUGCCCUCAGGAGCCGACCCAUCAUGGAAUCUCCUUAGAAUUGAAUGGUCAAUAUUCACCAACACCACUUGGAUUGCCACUUAUAACAAUGGGGAAAAGAACACCAGAUAUAUUCCUCAGUACGCAGGGAGACUCACUCUUAGUGAAACAUCAGGUGAUCUAACUAUUCACCACCUGAAGGAAAAUGAUGCUAUGGAAUACACUGUAAACCUCCUCAAUAGGUUAGGUGAUGAUGGAGUAAAUAAAAUUAAACUCACGGCAAAACAAAAGCUCAAGCAGCCAUCCAUCCCGAUAGUCACAAGCACAUCUGUCGAAAGUGGCUGUUUAAUGGUGGUGACCUGCUCUUCUCAGGAUGAGGGUGUUAACCUCUCCUGGAGUGUUGAACCAGUCAGUGUGCUCACCAUCAACAAGAGUAAUCCCAGUGACAGCUCUGCACAGCUUUUUGCAUUUGUCAGCACCAGAGAGAGCUUUGCCAAUUUUACCUGCAUCUCCAGGAGAAAUGCGGAAAAUAUUUCAUCGGAAGCUUUCACUUCAAAGUGUGAUCGUCCGAUUUCUGUUUCAAAUUGUACAACUCAGCCUUCACCUACGACAGUGCCACAGCCCAGGGCUAGAAAUUUACUUUGCUUCUUUGGCGGCAUUGGAGCAAGUGUCUUGUCUGCUCUAAUUUACUAUUAUGUAGGUAAGAUAUAA